GAUUAGUAUUUCAAUAUUGUCUAUUUGCACUUAUUCAAUGAUGAGGAGAUUAGUAUUCAUCCUGGUGUUGUUGGGAAUAUACAUUGUGAAAAUCGCUGUUGGUAACAAAGUAGAUUACAGUGGACAGCAGGUAUGGAGAGUGACUCCGAAUUCUCCAGAAGAAGUUAAAUCUCUAAGAGAAUUAGAAGAAAAAUUUGAGGUUGACUUUUGGACAGAACCCACUUCACCCGGUCGCUUCGUUGAUUUUCGCGUUAAACCAAAACAGUUUUUUGAACUUGCGAAUGCUCUCAAUCGAAUGUCUGGUUACGAAAUUUAUAUCAGUGACGUUCAAUCUCUAAUUAUCAAUGAAAAAUUGUCUCAUAACAAAAGAAAAAAUCUGGGAAAAGCUUUAGCUAGCAGUGUUCAGGCGUUUGACUAUUCGCAAUAUCAUCCUGCAAAAGAGGUCUAUCAAUGGAUGGAUUUAGUAACGUCGGAAUACAGUUUUGCAACGAAGGAGCAAUUUGGAGUGACUUUUGAAGGACGACCAUUGUAUGUUUUAAAAUUUGAAAAGCCUUCUGCAAAGUCAAAACCAACUAUUGUUGUUGACGCAUUGAUUCAUUGUAGAGAAUGGAUUACAACAGCUUCUUUAAUGUUUAUAUUUAAAGAGAUGCUCCAAAAUCCAUCAUUCACGCACAUGAUGGACGAAGUUAAUUGGUAUUUUGUGCCGAUGAUCAAUGUUGACGGUUAUGUGGAAACUUGGAUUGGGGACAGGUUGUGGAGGAAAACCCGAAGUACCGGACCAAAUAGUAACUGUCCGGGUGUUGAUGCAAAUCGUAACUUUGAUUCCUACUGGUCAAAUGAAGGCGCUUCCGGAAAUCCAUGUGAAUUUUCCUAUUAUGGACCAACUCCGGAAUCUGAAUCUGAAGUUCGCCAUCUCGUAAAGUACGUGAUGGGCCAAGGAAAAAUUGAUGCCUAUGUUACUACACACUCCUAUACUCAGUUGAUUUUGUAUCCCUAUGGAUAUACAAGUACUCCUUGUGCUGACGAUGCAGUGUUGAACGCCACCAGUAAGUUGAUGCAUGACGCUAUGAAAGCAGUACACGGGAAAACGUAUACAUACGGGCCUAGUUCAACAACUAUUUACGUUACUUCCGGAACCACAACUGACUGGUCGUAUGAUGUAGCGGGGAUCGUUCAGUCAUACACCUUUGAACUACGGGAUACCGGUAGAUAUGGAUUUAUUCUUCCUGCUGAUCAAAUCAUUCCCAACGGAGAAGAAUAUCUUGCUGGAUUAGAAGUCUUGUCAAAUUACGUGAGAGACAACUAUGAAGGCUCUGGAAUGUAGAAUCGAUUUAAUAAUCCUUGUAUCUUGGUAUUAAUGUGAAACUGACCAAAUGUUUUUUCACAUCACGUAGCGUCAUUAACCAAUCUGCUAGCAUUUGCAAUAAUUUUGUUAAAGUCAAAUUGUAUCUUUCAUAAUUUCAAAAUUAUAUUGAAAUACAUGUUACGAUAAUUUA